UGCCCGCUCAGUGCUUUAUAGACAGUGAGCUCUCCACACGGGACACUGGGAAACGUCUUUGCCUGACACCUGCAGCUGGUGGACACUGAAAGAGAAGAUUUCUCCCCACUAGAAUUGCACACAUUCCUCAUGAACCCUCUGGGAAGGAGGCCCUGAGUCCCAGCCAAGAGCCCAGGCCUGGGAGACCAGCCUGCCGCAAUAGCGCCAUAGGACCACUGACAGCCUGCCUCAGUGAGGGCCACUCCUCUACCUCAGAACUGCUUUGCCCGGCUCUGCAGGGCACCCUUUGCCAUGGUUGUUCAGGGUGGCAUGGACGCCAGGGACGCCGCAGUGGCGGCCGUGGAACUGGAGCCCUUCCUGCACCAGGUCGGGGGGCACCUGAGUGUGCUGAAGUACGAUGAGCAUACCAUCUGCAAGCCCCUCAUCUCCCAAGAGCAGAAGUUCUACGAGUCCCUGCCACUGGCCAUGAAGCAGUUCACCCCCCAGUACAAAGGCACCAUCACCGUGCACCUCCGGAAAGACAGCUUCGGCCACAUCAGCCUGGUUGCCAACCCACUAACGAAGAGCCAGGGGCCCUUCCAGGUCUCCAGAGAGUCCACAGUGGCGAUAUGGCAGACACUCCAGCAGACCGCCAGUAACAGUGGCAGCACCAACCCCCUCGCCCAGUGGCAGCAUGCACAGCUGGCACACUCGCUCAAGGAGAGCCCGGCGAAGUCGCUCCUGAGGUCUGAGUUCUGCCUCAGCAGCCAAGUCUUAUCUCUGGUGGAAGAUGCUGAGAAGAACCAGGCCCAGGCAGAGAGCAGCAGCUUUAACCCCUGGGGCCUGCAUUGCCACCAGGCCCACCUAACCCGCCUGUGUGCUGAAUACCCCAAGAACAAGCUGCAUCGGUUCCUGUUGUUGGAAAACUUGGUGUCACAGUACAAGCGUCCCUGCAUCCUGGACCUCAAGAUGGGUACCCGUCAGCAUGGGGAUGACGCAUCCGAGGAGAAGAAGGCCCGGCACAUGAGGAAGUGUGCGCAGAGCACCUCGGCCUGCCUGGGUGUGCGCAUCUGCGGCAUGCAGGUUUAUCAAGUUGAUAAGAAGCACUUCCUCUGCAAAGACAAGUACUAUGGGAGAAAACUAUCAGUCGAAGGGUUCAGACAAGCCCUCUAUCAGUUUCUGCACAAUGGAACUCACCUCCGGACAGAGCUCCUAGGACCCAUCCAGCGCCAGCUCCAGGCCCUCCUCUCUGUCAUCAGGAGCCAGAGUUCCUACCGCUUCUACUCUAGUUCACUCCUCAUCGUCUAUGAUGGACAAGACCUUCCAGAAAGUACCUCAGGUGGUCCCCAUCAGGAUCUGCAGUCAGCCCGGGGCAGCUCUUCUGACAAUCUUGCUAAAGUUGACAUUAGGAUGAUUGACUUUGCUCACACAACAUACAAAGGCUCCUGGAAUGAGCACACCACCCAUGAUGGACCAGAUCCUGGCUUUAUUUUUGGCCUAGAAAACCUUAUCCAGAUCCUGCAGAAUAUCCAAUAGGGAGAAUGAGAGUUGUUAGACACAUAUGGACUUCCCAGAGGUAAUCUACAAAAAGACCUAUAGUAGUAGUUAGGAUACCUUUGAUGUCUUUGUAAAAAUCAUAUCUAUGUUCAAAAAACAUUUUUCUAAAUGGCAAGCUAUAUUCACAGCUGCUAAAGAAACCAGCUCUGGAGGUAAUUCCACAUACCCUGACAUCUUGAGCUAAUGCUGAUCAUUGUAGACUGAACUGUUACUAUAAAAUGGUACUUGGGAGUAUGCUUGGGGGGGGCAUGUAGCAUGAGUUAAUGACCAGCAUUACAGUCAGAGUCAGGGAUAUUUUCAUUAGAAAAAAAUUAAUGCUUUCUUGCUGCUGCAGUCCUCACAAGCUAUGAAGCAGAGAGAGAGAGAAAGAGAGAAAGAGAGAGAGAGAGAGAGGAAAAAGAAACAAUAAAAACAAACUAAAACCUUACUUGAAGAAGCCUAGAAGAGUGAGCUCAAGAGGCCAUGGUUUUUCAUUCAUGUGGGCUUCUCUCUCCAAGGGCAGGCAGAACUAGUAGAUGCUUCUUACUUUCCUAAAGAAGCAUUUCAGAUGGGACAAGAUAAAGCAGAACACUUCUGCCCACCUUGCCAGCUUUGUACUCAGGUUUUGAACAGACAACCAAAUCCCAAGUUCUUCAUUUUUUCCCAUGGAGAGAAGGGUCUCUACUGAUUUCCAAAUACCUACUGGAAGAAUUGACUCUGCCAGAUUCUGACCAAAUGGAUUUGACCAUGAAAUGGAGCUGCCGGUAGAGGUGAAAUGCACAUGAAGAGGAGUCACUGAUGUUGAACCUCCCUCUAGGCUUUCUAUUUUUUAUUUAUUUAUUGGGGGUGGGGUGGGGUGGGGUGGGGAGUCAGAAGAGGGGAACCUGGAGGACCCAAGAAGCCCAGUACAAUGUUUACAUGACUGGGGAUAAGUGUAAAUAUGGAACAAAGAGCAAACAGUCCUAAUUAAUUCUUCUGCAGUGUGGAAACCUAUUACAAUGCCCAUGAGUCAAGCACUGAGAUGCAUUACCCAAUUAGGGAAAUAAAUUUGUUAAUAAAAUUGCUGAGGUCACCAGUGAUUAUCUGGUGCACCUUAUUA